CAGCAUCCUAUCAAAUUCUCCAUAUCCGCAUCCGUAUGGUACGAACGGCACCAUGCCACAGACGCGCAGCAUGCGUCAGCUCACUAGUAUAGUUAUGAGCAUGUGUAAGAAUACAGAUAAGACUCGGACUCGUCGACGAAAGGAGCUUCACUUCAGCAUCCUUCUCGACAAUAUUUGCACAUCUCCCAGUCCAGUCCAGUCCAGCCUAGACAACCCCCCAGCAGUCCUUCAGGUGGUACCCGCAGAGCCCUGGCGAGAACGGCCGCCCGCGGCAACGCCUUCGGUGUUUAGCGUGGGCGUGCGCACAUCCAAGGAUCCUUUCAAGGGCAGUCGUGGAUUUCGGAAUCCUUGUGGAGGAAGAGGCGGCGCGACGGCGGCGGCGUUGUCGCCCCCCCCACCCCUUCCCCUUCCCAUCCUAUCUGGGGCCGUCUGGGGAAUGUUUAUUUCUUCCAUCAAUCAUGUUCGCGGGGAGAGCGGGCCCCCCGUCCUUAGGCCUCGUUUGACGGGUUGGAUAGAUCAUGGCUUACUUCUUAGCUGAAUAUUCCAUGGUGUGGUUUGGGGACUCCGGAUUUUCCAGUGGUUCGACUUUUUUUCCUCCUGUUUGUCCAUUUGACUCCGGAUUGCGGCACGGCGUUUUCUGGGGUCCGGGGGAGAUGAAGCGGAGAGGACCUGGAGUCACGAUGGCAGUUGGUGCUAGUGCCAAGAUGGGGAUGGGUUGAUUUUCUUCAGAGGGUCGAAUCUGUGCCGAUGGGAUAGAGGUUUUCCCAACGAUCGAGAGAGGCAGAGGUCAUGGGUGCUCACUGCUCGCAGGCGAUCUUGGCCUUGCAUUACUCGCCAUGUUUCUUGGGUCCCAGGCCCUUGGGAUU